GGCUCGGCCUCGGUGUCUCUGGUUCCUUUCACUUUCACUUGUCAAAAGUCGCAAACAAAAAAUGAACAGAAGGUUGCUAAAAUGAAAAUUAAACAAACACUUAUUUUUAUCUCGUACCGCUGAAAUUGUGAAAACCUCACGUCUCAUCCUGAUAAUAUGAAUUUUAGGUUAUGCUCACCUCUCAGUGUAAACAUAAAACUUCCAAUAAUGCUUCGUGGCUUUAAAAGCGUUAUCAGCGUUGACGUAACGACGCAUUCUAAUUGAAGAUGAAAAGGAAUGUAAAAAGCGUAUUUAAGUUCUUAACUUUGGCAGGUAUUACUUCAAUUGUCACUGUUAUUUUAUUUAAAUCACUUCGACAUGCGACUUCCUCUGGAUCUGAGGCUCUAUAUCUAAAAGAUGAAAGUGGACCAUUACCUGUCGCUCCUGAGGAGCCACGAGUGAUUAAAACGGAUAACACUAAAAUUGACUGGCAUGACUAUGAGGCAAUAAAGAGGGAUUCCAUGCGAAAAGGAACUGGUGAACAGGGAAAGCCUGCUUAUUUAACUGCGGCAGAUUCAGAUGAAUACGACAAGCUAUAUAAAGUUAAUGGGUUUAACGGUGCCUUAAGUGAUAAAAUAUCUUUAGAACGAGCCGUACCUGAUAUUAGACAUAAAGGAUGUCGCAAUAAAAAAUACCUACGAAAUUUGGAUACCGUUAGCGUUAUUGUGCCAUUCCAUAAUGAGCACUGGACAACAUUGUUGCGUACUGCGUAUAGUGUUAUAAACCGUUCCCCACCUCAUCUCCUCAAGGAAGUGAUUCUUGUGGACGAUUUUAGCUCAAAAGAAUUUAGUAAGAAACCUUUAGAUGAUUAUGUAGCAGUUAAUUUAACGAAGGUGAAGGUGAUACAUUUGCCAGAUAGAAUGGGACUGAUUAGAGCUAGAAUGGCCGGCGCCAAAAUUGCCACCGCAUCAGUAUUGAUAUUUUUAGAUUCGCAUACAGAAGCUAACGUUAACUGGCUACCUCCUUUAUUAGAACCAAUUGCUCAAGAUUACAGAACUUGCGUCUGUCCGUUCAUUGAUGUUAUUCAGUACGAAACUUUUGAAUAUCGCGCACAAGAUGAAGGUGCUAGAGGUGCUUUCGACUGGGAAUUCUUUUAUAAGCGCCUUCCACUUUUACCAGAAGAUUUGCAACACCCAACAGAUCCAUUUAAAAGCCCAGUUAUGGCCGGUGGACUAUUUGCUAUAAGUAGACAAUUUUUUUUUGAGUUGGGUGGGUAUGAUGAGGGUUUGGAUAUUUGGGGUGGCGAACAGUACGAGUUGAGCUUUAAAAUAUGGCAAUGUGGCGGUCAAAUGGUUGACGCGCCUUGCUCACGAGUGGGUCAUAUUUAUAGAAAAUAUGCGCCCUUUCCAAAUCCAGGCCGUGGAGAUUUUGUUGGAAAGAAUUACAAACGAGUUGCUGAAGUUUGGAUGGAUGAGUACGCAGAGUAUUUGUAUAAACGAAGGCCACAUUAUAGAGAUUUAGAUCCUGGAGAUCUAACUGAACAGAAAGCUCUGAGGAAGAAACUGAAGUGUAAACCUUUCAAAUGGUUUAUGACAGAAAUUGCUUUUGAUUUACCUUUAAAAUACCCUCCAAUUGAACCAGACGAUUUUGGAUCUGGUGAGAUACGUAAUAUUGGUGUUCCGGAAUUAUGUGUUGAUUCGGAACAUAAAUCACGAGACCAAGUUAUCAAUUUAAAGGAAUGUAUUAAGGGAACCAAAAACAGUGGGGAACAAAAUUUCACGCUGACAUGGCACAAGGAUAUACGGCCAUCUGGGCGAACACUGUGCUGGGAUGUUUCCGAUCCGGGUGAGAAGGCAGACAUUGUAUUAUAUCCUUGUCAUGGCUCGAAAGGUAAUCAGUAUUGGAAGUAUGAUGUUGAUAAGCAGUGGUUAGUCCAUGGUGGUAACCCAAGAUGCUUGGAUUGUGACCCUGGUGCAAAGAGGUUAUAUGUAAGUAGUUGCGAUAAUUCCUCGAAAACGCAGAAGUGGAGAUUUGAAAAUUUGAAUUUGAAGAUGAUGGCUGAGUGGGAUAGUGUCGGUCCUGCAUGAAAUAUUUGUAAUUUAAAAAAAAACUGUGGGAACCAUAUAUUUUUACUAUUUCAAUUUAUCCAUAUCGUCUUUGAGCUAAAAAGGUGUACUUAAUCAAUAAUUUGUAUUAAACAUUCCCAAUUUUAUAUUGCUGUGAUAUUUGUAAGCAAUGUUAUAUACCGUUAGGUGUAGUUUAGAAAAAUCAAGGAACAACCCAUCUUGUUUUAUAGUUUUUUACUAUUUGGAUAUUUAUGUUAUAUUAUCUGCAACUGUAACAUGUAUUGUAAAUAUAUUUACAAUUUAUUUUUG